CAAUCCACACAACAACACCUCCCAUCAAAUCCACUCAAACCACUAAACCAAAAUGCAUCUCACCACCAAAACCUUCCUCUCCCUCCUCCCCCUCCUCCCCCUAACCACCGCCACUGGCUCCGCCAUCGUGCAAAACAACUGCACCUCCCCGAUCUACCUCUGGUCCGUGGGCGGUUCCGUCAGCAGCAUGCAAACCAUCGACCCGGGCUCCAGCUACAGCGAGACCUUCUACUACGAUACGACCUCCGGCGGCGUCGCCCUGAAGAUCACCACCACGGAGAACGGUCUGUACAGCGGCGCUCCGCAGACGGAUUACGCCUACACUUUGGAUACGUCCUCCGGUAACGUGUUUUAUGAUAUCUCGGAUGUCUAUGGCGAUCCGUUCUCGGGCAGUGUGGUUAGUCUCGUCUCGAGUGAUCCUAGCUGCCAGAGUAUUUGUUGGGCUGGGGGUGUGCCCCCUGCUGGAAGUGUUGUGAGGAGUUGUCAGGAUGAGGCGGAUGAGGUUCUGACGGUUUGUGCGGAUAGUUGUUAGGUUGGGAUGGAUUGUUAGGUUGAGGGUGAGGGGGUUAGAGUGGCAAAUCGAGAAUCAGGGAUGAUUAGGG